AUGGUUGAGAUGAGUAUGGGAGCUAUCGCUGACAAUUAUGGUGUUGUGACCUUAUGCCUCGCGGCUCGCAGUCUACGUCCGUCCGGCACAAGUGCUGCCAUGAUCGCAGGCAGACGCCAGCAAUACAAAGCUUACACGUCCAAUGCGCAGCCCAUCAUGCAAGCGAUUGUGAGCAGCGAGUCAGUGGAGAACUUGACGGCGAUUUUCGAGGAUUUCUGCUGGCUUUGCAAAGACAUCACGAAAAUUGAUUUAAAGACGCAACUUGUCCAGGUGCAUUCCGACUAUGCGCCGGGCAUCGCUGCUGCGCGCCGCGCCGUGUUUCCAAAUGCACCCGGCAGAAAGAAGCUGGAUCCAGCCGUGGCCAACGUGUCCGACGCUGUCGGACACGACAAGGCUGCUGCAGACUGCAGCCCGUACAGUCCGUAG